AUUUUCUGAAUCUUUGUGCUUAGUUAAAGCCACGUUCUUAAUUUCUCCUUUUGCUUUUGGUCACAGACUCACUGCCACAGUCCAAAAUUCUUUUCUUGCAAGCUGCUAAUGAGUUGCCUCAAUAGCCAUUUUUUUUCUCCAUUUUCUUGCACACUGAACUAGUGAACUUUUUUCCCUGUCCCUGUGCUUUCUAAUCCCAGUAGAUCUGCAGAAGAUUGAACCAUAAGUAUAUGUUGUUAGUUUCAAUACCCGAAUGUCUUGACAAUCGUAGUAGACGGUUUAAUGGUCUAGAGCAAGGAGUUUCAGAGGAAUGGAAAUGCGAAUGGAGGAAGGAGCAGGAGGAUGAAGAGGGAUUGGUUUGGUUAGGUUAGGUUACCAGCUCAAGAUGUCUUAAUCUUUUUUUAAUCUUUUUCUUCUGUUGGAUACUUGGAUGAUUGGGCCUGGGAAAGUAAGCCUACUAAAAUGUGGUUCUUGGAUGGAAUCGCUUGGCCCAAGAAGAGUUAGCCCAACGGCACAGACGGGUCGGAGACUCGGAGAGAGCGGCGUGGGUCUCGCCGCCGAAGCGGAGCACGCGGAUGGCGGCGGCGGCGGCGGCGGCGUAGUUACAGGGCAUGGCGGUAUUCCGGAGGAGGUUGGUUGUGAUUCCGCGGUGCUGCAGACUCCUUGCUGACCAGACAAAGGUGGUGUAAAGGCGUCGACUUCAAUCGAGCAUAAUGGGACUGCACAUAUGGUGUUGGUUGGUUGUCUUGUUCAGCUUGGCCCCAUUGUGUUGUAGUUUGAGCGCAGAUGGCCUGGCUCUUCUGGAUCUAGCCAAGACUCUGAUACUGCCCAGCUCCAUAAGCUCGAAUUGGAGUGCUGAUGAUGCAACUCCGUGUACAUGGAAAGGAGUUGAUUGUGAUGAAAUGAGCAAUGUGGUUUCUCUUAACUUAUCAUAUUCUGGAUUGUCUGGUUCUCUAGGUCCUCAGAUAGGACUCAUGAAGCACCUGAAAGUCAUUGAUUUAUCAGGUAAUGGUAUAUCAGGACCAAUGCCCAGUUCCAUUGGCAACUGCACCAAACUGGAGGUGCUCCAUCUACUACGUAAUCGAUUGAGUGGGAUCCUUCCAGAUACAUUGAGCAAUAUUGAAGCAUUAAGGGUUUUUGAUCUCUCCCGCAAUAGCUUCACAGGCAAGGUCAAUUUCAGAUUUGAGAACUGCAAGCUUGAGGAGUUCAUCUUGUCAUUCAAUUAUCUCAGAGGCGAAAUCCCGGUGUGGAUAGGGAAUUGCAGCAGCUUGACACAGCUUGCAUUUGUCAACAAUAGUAUCACCGGUCAAAUACCAAGUUCAAUCGGUUUAUUGAGAAACCUUUCUUACCUUGUACUUUCCCAGAACUCCUUGUCUGGCACAAUCCCUCCUGAGAUUGGUAACUGCCAAUUGCUGAUAUGGCUGCAUCUAGAUGCAAACCAGCUCGAGGGCACUAUACCAAAAGAACUAGCAAACCUGAGGAACUUGCAGAAGCUCUAUCUUUUUGAGAAUUGCCUCACUGGGGAGUUUCCUGAAGAUAUAUGGGGAAUCCAAAGCCUACUAUCUGUCGACAUCUAUAAAAACAAUUUCACUGGGCAGCUGCCUAUAGUGUUGGCUGAGAUGAAGCAGCUCCAGCAAAUUACGCUAUUCAAUAAUUCAUUCACUGGUGUCAUACCACAGGGGUUGGGUGUAAAUAGCAGUUUGUCCGUAAUUGAUUUCAUAAACAAUAGUUUUGUUGGCACAAUCCCUCCAAAAAUUUGUUCAGGGGGAAGAUUGGAAGUUUUGAACUUGGGUUCAAAUCUUCUCAAUGGUAGCAUCCCCUCUGGUAUCGCUGACUGCCCAACUUUGAGACGAGUAAUUCUCAACCAAAAUAAUCUCAUUGGAUCAAUUCCACAAUUUGUAAAUUGUAGCAGUCUUAAUUAUAUUGAUCUCAGCUAUAAUUUAUUAAGUGGGGACAUUCCUGCUAGCUUGAGCAAAUGUAUCAAUGUUACAUUUGUGAACUGGUCAUGGAACAAGCUUGCUGGUCUAAUACCAUCAGAAAUUGGGAACUUAGGGAACUUAAGUAGUCUUAACCUCUCAGGAAACAGACUAUAUGGUGAACUCCCUGUGGAAAUUUCUGGAUGCUCCAAGUUAUAUAAGCUUGAUUUGAGCUACAACUCUUUGAACGGUUCGGCACUCACAACUGUAAGUAGCCUUAAAUUUCUGUCACAGCUACGGUUGCAGGAGAAUAAAUUCAGUGGAGGUAUACCUGAUUCUUUAUCUCAGUUGGAUAUGCUUAUUGAACUGCAACUUGGUGGCAACAUUCUUGGGGGUAGUAUCCCUUCAUCGUUAGGAAAGUUAGUUAAACUGGGCAUUGCAUUAAACCUCAGUAGAAAUGGACUAGUUGGUGACAUUCCACCACUAGGCAAUUUGGUGGAGCUGCAGAGUUUAGAUUUGUCAUUUAAUAACCUCACCGGAGGUCUUGCUUCAUUAGGAAACCUACAGUUUUUGUAUUUCUUGAAUGUUUCCUACAACAUGUUUAGUGGACCAGUACCAAAAAAUCUUGUGAGGUUUCUGAAUUCCACUCCAAGUUCAUUUAGUGGAAAUGCAGAUCUAUGUAUCUCUUGCCAUGAAAAUGAUUCAUCUUGCACAGGUUCUAAUGUUUUGAGACCUUGUGGUUCAAUGAGUAAAAAAAGUGCACUCACACCACUCAAGGUUGCUAUGAUAGUUCUUGGUUCGGUUUUUGCUGGUGCAUUUCUGAUACUCUGUGUCCUUCUAAAAUAUAAUUUCAAGCCUAAGAUUAACAGUGAUUUAGGUAUAUUAUUUCAAGGAUCUUCUUCUAAAUUAAAUGAGGCUGUAGAAGUGACUGAAAACUUCAAUAACAAGUACAUUAUCGGUUCCGGGGCCCAUGGAAUUGUCUACAAGGCAGUACUGAGGUCAGGAGAAGUAUAUGCUGUAAAGAAGCUUGUACAUGCUGCUCACAAGGGCUCAAAUGCAAGCAUGAUCCGCGAGCUGCAGACGCUUGGUCAAAUUAGGCACAGGAACCUGAUAAGACUUAAUGAAUUCUUGUUUAAGCAUGAGUAUGGUUUGAUCCUAUAUGAUUUUAUGGAGAAUGGUAGCCUGUAUGAUGUGUUGCAUGGGACUGAGCCCACUCCAACUUUGGACUGGAGCAUCCGCUACAGCAUAGCUCUUGGAACAGCCCAUGGUCUAGCAUAUCUCCAUAAUGACUGUCACCCUGCUAUCAUACAUCGAGAUAUUAAACCAAAAAAUAUAUUGCUGGACAACGACAUGGUACCGCAUAUCUCAGAUUUUGGCAUUGCAAAGCUCAUGGAUCAAUAUCCUGCUGCUUUACAGACCACAGGAAUCGUUGGUACUAUUGGAUAUAUGGCCCCAGAAAUGGCCUUUUCAACCAAGGCUACCACAGAAUUCGAUGUGUACAGUUACGGUGUGGUAUUACUUGAGUUGAUCACCAGAAAGAUGGCUGUGGAUUCCUCAUUCCCUGGCAACAUGGACAUAGUUAGCUGGGUAUCCUCCAAGUUGAAUGAGACUAAUCAGAUCGAAACUAUUUGCGACCCAGCUCUCAUUACUGAAGUAUAUGGAACACAUGAAAUGGAAGAAGUGCGCAAGCUGUUGUCAUUAGCUCUUAGAUGCACAGCAAAGGAGGCAAGCCAAAGGCCUUCCAUGGCCGUUGUUGUCAAAGAGCUGACAGAUGCAAGACAUGUUGCUGGCUCAUACUCGAAGCAGAAUUCAGGCCCCAGCAAUUCUUGAUGGCUGAACAGGAUACAAAAGCACAAAGCUUGUACCAUGAACUCUCGUAGGUACUAAGAAAUGAAAACAAGCCAAUGGUCUAAUAGUGUUGGCUCAGGUGAUCUCCUUCGGUGACUGACAAAUCUCCUGGCUGAAACAGAUUAAUUAAGAUCAUACAUGACAUGGAGGGUAUAAACUUUGGGUUUGAUUUCUCAACAACAGGAGGAAUGUGAAUAAAACAUUGCAGUCAAGGAACAUGCGUGAGGAGCAUUGGAGCAAUAUGAUAUUCUGAUCUGAUUAUUAUAGCCCAUGUGAAGAUAUAAUUAUUUUAUGGUUGCAGCUCAGUCCAAAUUAACUGAGUACAUGCCGUAGUACCUGGCAUUCUCCAUUGUUUUGGUUUGACAAACCAAAAGCUGAAAAUAGACCAACACCUGCAGCAUUCAAUCGCUGUCCUUAUCGUCUAUUCUCCAAGUUACCUUGAAUAUGUGUUGAAACUUCGAUCGAACAGUCAAAGUUAACGUUGAUCUGUUGUCUGUUGAUGAUGUUUCUUGUUUCGAUGGAACUGUCGAAGUAAACAAUCUGUUGACGCUUCUUGUAAAUUCAAUGGAACAGUAAAAGUAAACACGCGCUCUGUUGACUUGGAUCUGUUGAUGAUGUUUCUUGUUUCGAUGGAACUAUCGAAGUAAACAAUCUGUUGACGCUUCUUGUAAAUUCAAUGGAACAGUAAAAGUAAAGAUGCGCUUUGUUGA